AUGUGCGUAACGACAUUGGCUGUGGAUGUCAUGGUGGGCACUGCAAACCUCUCAUCCGGCGGAACUCUCAUUCCAGCUGACAGUUGGAAGAUUCAUCCUGAUUGGAUUCCAGGAGGCUUCUUCAAGGGAAAUGACAUCGCUCUCAUUCAUCUGUCCACCCCUUUGACCUUCAGCGACUCCAUCCAGCCGAUCUGCUAUCCAGAAUCAGACGACGUUCUGGGAUCGGCUAUUUCUGCAUGCGACCGGAAAUUCUACGGCUGGGGCUACAGAUAUCCAAAUGUUUCAUCUCCAAUUGAUAUCUUGCAAAAACUGGAUGUCUCUCUUACCGAGUCCACCACUGCUUGUACCGACAUAACCGAUGGUAGAGCUAUAUGCAUCAAAGGAGAUCCUCCGUCCAGUUCACUCUGCAACAUUUCAUUCCACGCCGGCAUCGCUCCUACUCUGAAGGGCCACGUAUUGGCAUUGAUAAUGGAUUGA